AGCCAAAAGGUUUUAGUUGGAGGUUUGCAGUCCUCUGGGGCCAAGAGGUUUUGGUUACCCAGGUCAGGGAUCAGAAAGAGCCACCUAUCCAAACACACCCACUCUAAAACUACCCAUAAUGCACUUGGAGGCAUGGGAAUUCUGGGUAAGGGGCUGAAGCAUCUCUUCCAGCCUCAGUCCAAACGCAAGUCAUGCUCCACGUUGCCCAGCACAUCUUCUCUCUCCUCUUCCUCCUCCUCCUCUUUCUCUCCUCUUUGGUGUCCUGACCGUGAUUCUGCAGAGGUCACGCCUGACCGUGACCCUGAGGCUCACCUUGCAUCUGACCUGUUCUCCGGUUGGGCUCCCCCUGCAGCUGUGACCGCUCGACGUAAAAGCGUCCCGUCCUCCACCAUGAAGCGAGGGACCAGCUUGUCCAGCCGGAAGUCCAAAGCUUCUGAACUCCACCCGAGAGGCAGUCCCCAGAACCCGCGUCACGUCACUCACGACCCAGCGCAGCAAAUGGACCACGCCCGAGCCUCUGCCACGGAGACCUUCCCUAGCCCUGUCUCCUGUGACACGCCCCUCAGUCCAGGAGAGCCAUGCACCGAGGAGAUGGACAACAAGAUUGAGAGGUUGGAGGGGGGAGGACUUGGCCAGGGUGCACUUGCAGUGUCAUGUGGAAGCGAUGGUUCAUUUGCAGGGUCAGAAGAAGCUACUUUGGAUCCCCAGCGGACACGGCAGGUGAUAGCGCAGCUGCAGCAGAAGAUCCUGAAGCUGACGGAGCAGCUGCGUAUCGAGCAGACAGCGAGAGAUGAGAAUGUGGCCGAGUACCUCAAACUGGCCAACAACGCCAGUGACAAGCAGCAGAGCACAUGCAUCAAACAGGUGUUUGAGAAGAAGAAUCAGAAGUCUGCCCAGAGUAUUGCUCAGCUGCAGAGGAAGCUGGAGCACUACCACCGGCGUUUACGCGAGGCCGAACAUAACGGCAUCCAGCGCCAGCCCAAAGACGUGCUGAGGGACAUGCAGCAGGGCCUGCGAGACGUGGGCGCUCGGGUCUCGGGCUUCAGCGAGGGCGUGGUGGACAGCGUGAAGGGCGGCCUGUCCAGCUUUUCUCAGGCUACCCACUCAGCAGCUGGAGCGGUGGUCUCCAAACCCCGCGAAAUCGCCUCCUUAAUCCGUAACAAGUUUGGAAGCGCGGACAACAUCAAUGCCCUCAAGGACUCCAUAGACGAGGGGGCGGGGGAAGAGGCUGGGAUGGGGGGACGGUCCCUGGGCAUGGUGGCCGCCCACUUACAGUCCAGCCCCAAGUUUGGUAGUGAGGAGGACUGUUCCAGUGCCACCUCUGGUUCGGCAGGAGCCAAUAGUGUGACGGGCGCUCCUGGAGGACCGCCUAGUUCGAAGGGAAAUACACUGGAGAGGGGGAGGAGUUCAAGUGUAGACAUGCUGUUCCAGGAGGUACAGGACCUGCGUGAUGCUCAAGCCCACCUGGAGGAGGAGCUAGAGAGCCUGAAGAGCGAAUAUCAUAGAGAAUACACAGUGGUGAUGCAGACUCUGCAAGAGGAACGAUUCAGGUGUGAGAGGCUGGAGGAGCAGCUUAAUGACCUGACAGAGUUACACCAGAAUGAGAUCCUCAACCUGAAGCAAGAGUUGGCCAGUAUGGAGGAGAAAAUAGCUUACCAGUCAUAUGAGAGGGCCAGAGACAUACAGGAGGCGCUGGAGGCCUGUCAGACCCGUAUCUCGAAGAUGGAGCUGCAACAGCAGCAGCAGCAGGUAGUGCAGUUGGAGGGUCUGGAGAACGCCACGGCACGGACUCUCCUCGGGAAGCUCAUUAACGUGCUCCUGGCUCUCAUGGCCGUGCUGCUAGUGUUCGUCUCCACUGUGGCCAACUGCGUUGUCCCCCUGAUGAAAACACGAAGCCGCUCUUUCUCCACGCUCCUCCUCAUUCUCCUCUUCGCCUUCCUCUGGAGACACUGGGACAUCCUCUCAGGACACCGCCUGCCGGACACACCCAGAUGACCUUCCUAACCACUGGAGUGUAGCAGAUAUGAUUGAUUGAUUGCUUGAUGUGGAGGAAGAGCCAUCUGUAUCCAAGCUAAGGAGAGCAUGAUGUAGAGUGGCAAAGAAAAACAACUCUGAUUUCAUUGGACUCUUUUAUGAGAAGACUUUACAAAUGUUUACAUUUUAAAGACAAAUU